AUGUUUCGAAACGUAACGCCGGAGAAAGCAAUAGAAUUUACUUGGCUCAGCGUGGCCGUAAUGUGUUGUUUACCAUUACCAGCUACCGCCACCAGGUCUCAGUUACUCCGUUUCAAGAUCCUGAGAUUUCUAGGUGCCCUUUGCGCCUGUGGACUGAUUCUUCCGCUGUUAUACGCUGUGUACAUGAAAUACGACGAUCCGGUCAUCUUCACCAACGCCGCUGGUCUCGCUGUGGCUGUUUGUCAAGUCCCAGUGCACGUGUACCUCUCCAUUAUCUAUUACGAUCGGAUUCAGGCGAUGAUCGAAUACAUGACGAAUUACUGCGGGAAAGCAAAGUCGUCCGAAAGACAGGUCCUCCAACGAUACGUCGACAAGUACGCGACGUUUUACGGGUUGUGUACCGCUUGGUUUUACGUGACUGCGGCUGUCUUCGACGUAGGAGCUCUGUUCGCUGCUCAACCGUUUCCAUCCAAUGCCGAAUACCCUUUCGCCGUCGAUUACGAGCCCUUGAAGUCGCUGAUAUUCUUGCACCAUGUGGUGGUCAGUUUCCAAUGUUCUGGCGCCGUGUGCAUGAACGCUGUGGCUGCGCUUAUGAUAUUGUUCGCGGCUGCACGGUUCGAGAUUUUGAUGUUGGAGUUGCGCGCCGUUCAGAACGUCGAAACGCUGAUACGGUGCGUGAAAGAAUAUCAUCUCGUGAGAAGCUACGCUCAGGAAGUGGUCAGUGUUUUUCGGCACACGGUUAUUUACACAACGUGUAUGGCCACUGUACCGCUUGUUCUCUCCGGUCUUAGCAUGAUCGGUCAUCAACCAUUGGUGAUAAAACUGCAAUUCUUAUUCUUGGGCGGGAUUGCGUUGUUGGAGGUCUACUUGUGCGCGUGGCCAGCGGACGAUCUAUUUACUGUGAGUGAGAGCGUUGUUCGAAGCGUGUACGAAAGUAAGUGGUACGAACAGAACGUGGGAAUGCAGAAAACGGUCCUCCUCGCGUUAUUACCACAGAGACCCAUAACCAUCAGUUUGGCGUGCGUUAUUCCAGCUCUCUCGUUGGAGUUUUAUUGUUCGUACGUCGCGAAUGCGUUUUCUUUGUUUACCGCUUUGCGACUCGUGGUGAACGACGAGACAUAA